AUGUCGGAAAAGGAAGCCAGCGGUGCCAGUGCACCAGCAGACGAAGUCAAAGAAACAAUCAAGACCCUUGAAGAAGACGACGAAUUCGAAGACUUCCCAGAAGAUACCCAAUGGACGAACGAACCCAACCCACAUCUCAAUGCAGCCAAUUUGUGGGAGGAAGAUUGGGAUGAUGAUGAUAAUAACGAUGACUUUUCUUUGCGAUUGAAGGCGGAGUUAAAGAGUUCUCAGAAAGCUGCUGCUUAG